AUGAAUAUAACCAACUGUGUUCUUCCCAACAAGCAAUUAUUUCAGCAUCGCAUCCUGCCUGCACUUUACAUCUUGGUGUUCAUCGUUGGACUGGUAGCUAAUGGAUGGGGACUGAAGUCUUUGCUGCACAACUGGAAGAAACUGGGGGAUGUCAAUGUCUUCAUUCUCAACCUUGGACUUGCCGACAUUUUGUAUCUGCUGACACUUCCUUUUCUGGUGGUGUACUACUUAAAAGGAAAUGUGUGGAUCUUUGGAGGUGUUUUCUGCAAGGUAACAAGAUUCUGCUUCAACCUGAAUUUGUACUGCAGCAUCGGCUUCCUCACUUGUAUAAGUGUGUACAGAUACCUGGCCAUUGUCCAUCCAAUGAGAGUGAUGGGAAGGAUAACUGUGUCUCACUCUGUGAUCAUCUCAGCCAUGGUUUGGAUCCUGGCGAGUGUUCAAAGUCUUCCAGACAUGUUUUUCCCCAAAACUUCUGGAAAGAAGAGUAAAUGUUUUGACAGCACCUCUCAAGAAUAUAUUGAAGAAUACCUGAAGUACAGUCUUGGAUGGACUCUGACUGGAUUUUGCAUACCAUUCCUCAUCACACUGGGCUGCUAUGGACACAUGAUUUGUGUUCUCCGUCGCAAACGUACAGUUGACAAGAUCCUAAAGCAAAGAAGCUUGAGGUUGUUGUUCAUUUUGAUUCUUCUCUUCUCAGUUUGUUAUACACCCCACUAUGUGUUAAAGAAUGUCAGCCUUUAUUCAAGAGUUUUGAUCAAGCAGAAAAUAUGCAGUUAUUGGGAUUCUAGGGUGUUCAGUGCUCAUCAGAUCGGUCGUGGUCUUGUUUGUCUGAACAGUGCUCUGAAUCCUCUGGUUUACCUCCAUGUAAAUGAGCACAUUACUGCUCAGCUCAGGCAGCUGCUCCAGAGAGUUCGAUCAACCUUCCAUCAGCUGUUUUGA